AUGGAUGCUAACGGAGCUUUCCUUCCAACCCUUCUAUCUCAGGAGCGAGUAGAUCGUUUUUCUAGCAGUUCGCUUCCCUCUCAGAACUCCACCUCUGUCUAUGCGCCACCGCGGGCUUUUGCGCAGACCGCUUCGUUUCCUUCUUCGUUUUCCUCUUACCAGAACGCCCAUUUCCCCACUUCUUCGUUUCCCCCUUCGCUUCCAGCCUCUUCACUGCCUCCCGCCUCGUUCCCUCCUCCGCCUGCCUCUCCGUCACCACUGACACUGCGAGAUUUUCUGCAGCUGCUCGGCGAGAGUGUCGCUGUCCUGGAGGGUUUGCGGCUCCUGCUUUUGCAGCUCCUUCAGUGGGGCGGAGAGGUUGGCAGCGUGAUCCGCGCCUCCACUUUUCUCCACAAGUUCCUGUCCUUGCUCGCCCGCCUGUUGCGGUUUCUUCUGUCACCGCUGUCCAGGAUCUGGCAAUGGGUACCUUUCCUGCUGGUCAGGAAGCAAAGCGCUCACGACCAGCCAACGCGUGAACCCCUUCCGCCCUCGGUGAGCAGCUAUGGAGACAGACGAGCAGGCAACUCGGGGAUUUUGCCUGAUGCGCAGUCUUCCCGCGCCUUGGCACACACCUUUCAGAACGCUUGGCGGUCGGCCGGAGGUGUACAUACACCCUGGGGCGCCUACCGUUCCUCUCAGGGGUGGUAUGGGUCGGAGUUCGCGGACGCGAAAUCGAACGGUGACGAGGCGGACUACAACUCGAAGUCGGGUGCCUACUUCCAGGCAAUCGGGACAGAACGCAAGUCGGGAAGAGGGCGGUUUCCGCCAGCUUGGAGGACUUCGGUGACAGGCGCGGCAUGGCUGUGGCGCGGGCGCAGCGGCGUGGUGGUCUACUCUGCGUUAGUCUUGGUUCUUGCCUACAAACUCCACUCACUUUGGAAGAAGUACGGGUUCGCUGCAACUUCUUUGCGGAAGAAGCGAAACGACCUACUUCUUGCGUCUUCUUCCCAAGAAGCCGCUUCGUCUGCAAAUGGCCCUUCGGUCGCAGCCUGUGCUGACGCAUCGGCAUCCUCUUCCUUCUCUUCGUCUUCUCUCUCGACAACGCCUGGCGCGGAAGAGGGGAGAGAGAUGUUGGCUCUCGAGACCGAAGCGCAAAAGGCAAGAAUGGAUCGACUCGUGGACGGCGGUAGCUCUCUGUCGCUCUGCUCACCUCAAAGAAGCGCCACAAACCUCGUCGCUUCCGAAGGAGAGAAGACGCCCCCUGUGUGGAAGCUCGACGCCAGUGAAGCGCCUCCGCCUUUCGCAGGUCGCCUCGACAGACGAUCCUCCUCGGCCAGCGGCGGCAACGGCGAAGAGGCAACAGGAGAGAAAGAAAGCGGAGAAGACGAAAAAGAAAAAAGGGAAGGAGACACGGAAGAAGAAGGAGAAGCAGCAAGAGAAGAAGAGAGAGAAGACGAAAGAGAAGACGGAAGAAAAGAAGAAAGAAAAGAAGGAAGCGACGAAGGAAACGAAGAAGAACGAAACGAAGGAAGGGACGACAAAGAACCAACUGAGAAGCCAGGUGAAUGUCGUGUACAUACUGUGACAUGCGACGAACUCGAGGCUCUCCACCUGAGGCAACAAGAGCAGACCGAUCGACUGAACUUUCAUGGGGAGACGCGAGGCGGAACUGCAUGCGACGUCGAUGGGAUCGCCUCGAGGAGCGUUCGAAUUGAAAAGCUGGAGGAAACCUCCAGUUCUUCAGAUGCCUGUGAGGACCCCGGUGUCGGUUCUCACUCGCCGGCCGAGAGGUAUUGUGCUUCGCCGACAACGGCCUCAACCGCACCUGCUAUCUUCGCUGACGGACAACCUUGUGGGGAAACAGCGGACCCCCCAUCCUCAGUUCACGUUCCCUUCUGUGAAGAUUCGUCAUCGACUCUUCUGUUGAAACAAUCAGCUUCUUCUCCAUCUUCAACGCUCCUGUCCUCUGCUUUCUCUGCUCCCUUGCCGUCUUCGUCUUCCUCUUCUCGUCCAUCCUCCUGUUCCUCUUCUGCUGCCUCUUCUCCGCUUUUAUGUCAGCCAGACGACACCGUUACUGAAGGCCUCGUUGGAAGAGCCUCAGAGACAUUGCCGAACUCCGGAACGGAGGUUUCGGGUGUCUGUACACGUUUACUUGGAACGCAGAAGCGAACCACGCCGGCAUUUGAAGUCAAUCCGUUUUUGAGUUUGCUCUCGAGCACAGAUCCCGAGAUGGCGAGUGUGUCGGAAAAGCGAGACCCCGCUUUUCCUUUUAUAACGCGCGAGAACACUCUCCCAUCUUCAAACCUUGAAAGCGCUUUUCCUUCCUUAGAGUCGCUGACGAACUGGCAGGUUCAACCGACAUUUCAGACGGGAGACAGGAGGAAACAGCAGGACAAGAGUGCAGAAGAUCUUUCUAAAACCUCCGUCGCCACACUCUCUUACGAGGGUCAAGGCUCCUCGCCGCCACCGCAGACUUAUCAAGUCUCUUCAUCUCUCCUGUCUCCUUCCCCGGCUUCUUCCUCAUCUGACUCUUCACCAACGUCGUUCUCGUCUUCUUCCGCUCUUCCUUCCUCUUCGUCUUCCACCAUCGCUCCGCUGUCUCUUCCUCACACGCCUCUCCCGUCAUUUCUUCCUCUCUCUGCGUUUCUCCCUUCCAGCACAGGCGCUGUCCUGGGAGAAGUGGAGGGAACGCGCGAUUACCACUCCCGCCUUAUAUUCGGAGACCGCUUACGGCCAGCCUGUCCUAGCCUUCCAGAGAACCCCGAGACUUCUUCUGGCUCUCUGGAAGAACUCAGCCGUAUGACGAGCGGACUCGACGAAGGAAGAGGUGCUGGCCGAGAGGAGGGAGUGAAUUCAGUUCAUCAGAAGAAAGCGAAGAAGUCAAGUCGCAAAAGAAGUGAAGGAACCCUCGGGACUCUGAACCGUAAUGCAUGCGUUGGGCGUUCCCUCGAGGCAGAAAAAACUGGACGGAUUCGGAAAAAAGACAAAGGUGAAGAUCCCGAUUUGCGCGCGACAGCCGAAUCCAUCUGGCGCUCUCAGCAGGAGGACCUGAGGGCCCUCUUGGGCGUAUGUACACCCCAGCAGGGACGCCGAGACAUCCGCCGAGUACGAUGAAAAGGGUGGACUUCACACAACAGUGUUUCGUUUAAGAGAACGUUAAGGAAAAGCGGAGGUUGCUGCUUCUCAGAAAUACUUCUUCUGAAAUCAGUCUGUAGAGGGAAACACCGCGAGGCGAGGCCUGAGGUUGCGUGCAGCCCAAGAAGAAGUGCUAGACAUCCGUCCAGUCAGACGCGUUUUCUUCAAGAGUGAGAACACCGUCAGGCUG